CCCCCAGCGACUGCUCCCCGGGCCGCCCCGGCCAGGCCCGCCGCGCGCGCCCCCCGCUCCCCGGACCGGCGCUCCCCGCGCCCCCCCACGUGGCGCCCAACUCGGCGCGGACUCGCUCCGCAAAGUACAGAACUCGUGUCCCAGUGGAAUAGAAGAUGAACUCAGCUGAAUUCGGUGAAGAUGUAGAAGAAGUUCUAAACAAUAGCACCGUGAAAGUGGAGACGGAGGCGGGGGAUGCUGCCCUGGACUGCUCAGUGAAUUCCAGGUCUUCGGAGAAGCACCCUCUGGACAGUGCCUUCACCUCCCUCCAGGACUCCAGCAAGCGCAAGCAGCCGGGCAGCGAGGGCCAGCCGGACUCUGUCUCCAGCGUGAAGCGGCGGCGGCUGAUUCCCGAGGCGCUCCUAGCAGGCAUGAGGAACCGGGAGAACAGCUUGCCCUGCCAGGGCAACGGGGAGCAGGCCGGCAGGGGCAAGAACUCGGUCUCCACGUGGCCGGGGGAGGAGGAGCCCUGCAGCGACGCGACCGCCCCCUCCUACAAGAAGCCCCUGUACGGCAUCUCGCACAAGAUCAUGGAGAAGAAGAACCCCCCGGCGGGGGACGUGCUCAGCACGUACGAGCUCCUGGAGAAGGCGAACCCCGCCAACAGCCCCUCGCCCCUGCGGCUCCUGAACGAGACUCAGAAGCGGGACAGCGUGGCCUCGGCCACCACCGACGGCGACCCCAACAUCUACUUCCUGAUCCAGAAGAUGUUCUACAUGCUCAACACGCUCUCCUCCAACAUGUCCCAGCUGCACAGCAAGGUGGACCUGCUGUCCCUGGAGGUGAGCCGCAUCAAGAAGCAGGUGAGCCCCCCGGAGACGGUGGCCAAGUUCCAGCCGCCCCCCGAGUACCAGCUGACGGCCGCCGAGCUCAAACAGAUCGUGGACCAGAGCCUGUCGGGCGGGGACCUGGCCUGCCGCCUGCUGGUGCAGCUCUUCCCCGAGCUCUUCAGCGACGUGGACUUCUCCCGCGGCUGCAGCGCCUGCGGCUUCGCCGCCAAGCGCAAGCUGGAGUCGCUGCACCUGCAGCUCAUCCGCAACUACGUGGAGGUCUACUACCCCUCGGUGAAGGACACGGCCGUGUGGCAGGCCGAGUGCCUGCCCCAGCUCAACGACUUCUUCAGCCGCUUCUGGGCCCAGCGGGAGAUGGAGGACAGCCAGCCGGGGGGCCCGGGGGCCGGCUUCUUCGAGGCCGAGCCGGUGGACGCCGGCCACUUCCUGGACAGCAAAGACCAGGAGGAGGCCCUGUCCCUGGACCGGAGCAGCACCAUCGCCUCGGACCACGUGGUGGACACGCAGGACCUCACCGAGUUCCUGGACGAGGCCUCCUCGCCGGGCGAGUUCGCCGUGUUCCUGCUGCACCGGCUCUUCCCGGAGCUCUUCGACCACCGCAAGCUGGGCGAGCAGUACAGCUGCUACGGGGACGGCGGCAAGCAGGAGCUGGACCCGCAGCGGCUGCAGAUCAUCCGCAACUACACGGAGAUCUACUUCCCCGACAUGCAGGAGGAGGAAGCCUGGCUGCAGCAGUGCGCCCAGCGCAUGAACGACGAGCUGGAGGCGCUGGGGCUGGACGGGGGCAGCGAGGGCGAGCCGCCGCGGGACGACUGCUACGACUCCUCCAGCCUGCCCGACGACGUCUCCGUGGUCAAGGUGGAGGACAGCUUCGAGGGCGAGCGGCCCGGCCGGCGGUCCAAGAAGAUCUGGCUGGUGCCCAUCGACUUCGACAAGCUGGAGGUGCCGCAGCCCGACUUCGAGGUGCCGGGCGCGGACUGCCUGCUCAGCAAGGAGCAGCUGCGCGGCAUCUACGAGAGCAGCCUGUCCAUCGGCAACUUCGCCUCGCGCCUGCUGGUGCACCUCUUCCCCGAGCUCUUCACGCACGAGAACCUGCGCAAGCAGUACAACUGCAGCGGCUCGCUGGGCAAGAAGCAGCUGGACCCGUCGCGCAUCAGGCUCAUCCGCCACUACGUGCAGCUGCUCUACCCGCGGGCCAAGAACGACCGCGUCUGGACGCUGGAGUUCGUGGGCAAGCUGGACGAGCGCUGCCGCCGCCGCGACACGGAGCAGCGGCGCUCCUACCAGCAGCAGCGCAAGGUGCAUGUGCCGGGCCCCGAGGGCCGGGACCUGGCGGGCUACGCCGUCAGCUCCGCCGAGAGGUUCCGCGAGGAGUACGAGGGGCCUCCGCUGCCCCCGGAGCGGAGCAGCAAAGACUUCUGCAAGAUCCCGCUGGACGAGCUGGUGGUGCCCUCGCCCGACUUCCCGGUGCCCUCGCCGUACCUGCUGUCCGACAAGGAGGUGCGCGAGAUCGUGCAGCAGAGCCUCUCGGUGGGCAACUUCGCGGCGCGGCUCCUGGUCAGGCUCUUCCCCGAACUCUUCACGGCCGAGAACCUCCGGCUGCAGUACAACCACUCGGGCGCCUGCAACAAGAAGCAGCUGGACCCCACGCGGCUCAGACUCAUCCGCCACUACGUGGAGGCCGUGUACCCCGUGGAGAAGAUGGAGGAGGUGUGGCACUACGAAUGUAUCCCCAGCAUCGACGAGCGGUGCCGCCGCCCCAACAGGAAAAAAUGUGACAUCCUCAAGAAAGCCAAGAAAGUGGAGAAAUGACGGGUACCUCCCCCUCCCCCCCCCCCCUCCCGGGCCUGAGCCUUCCUUCGGAGCUACGUGUACGGUAUCCACGGACACGCACCUUACGGCAGGGGCAAGUGGCUUACUACUUUUGCACACAAGACACCACCCACCCAACCGCCAGAACGAAGCCUUACGUUUGGUCUCUCUGACUUACGGCCUGCAUCCCUGCGUCCCCCCAGGGGUGCGGCCGGUUUGGGGAAGGCGGAGCUGGGAGAGCCGAGGCCUCAGGAGCAGGCUUCUCUCUCUCUCUCCCGGCUUGCCCUCCCCUUCUUCUCAGUGUGAAAUGCAAAUUCAGCAACUCCUGUUCCUCUUCCCACGUUUUACAUCUUCCAUUUUUAUCAAUUGUUUUUUAAAUUAAAAGGAAACCCUUUUUUUUAAAAAAAGAUCACUUGGGCUCUUUGGGGGCCAAUUUGCUUAGGGGAUGGGGGGAAUCUUUUAAAUAUUCAUGGUGAAAUACUGUUCGAUGACUUCAGUUGCCGGGGUUUCUUUUGAAGAUGGUUUCAGAUUUAUGAAAUGCUUAGAAUGGCCGUGCUUCUGCACGGUGGCUGAUAGCUGCAGGUGGCAGAGAGACCGACUUGACUGACCUUGUCUUUCACAUCUGGUUUUGAGGAGUCCGGAUGCCCCUUGGAUGGCGGCAGAGGAACAGGGUGACGGACAUCCCGUUGCCCCACGGCCCCUUCCUCCCUGCGCUGUGGUGCCGAGGAGGGGCUUCCUCGUGGCCUGGCCCGUUGGUCGUUGCUGGGUGGGUGGAGUGUUGUGCUCCCUCUCUGUAGACAAGAACACUGGAUGAUGAUGAUGAGAUGAAUGUAGAUAGACGUGGAAACACGUUCACAGUGUCCUUUGAGCUGUGUCCUUUCACUGCCCCCUUCCCUCUCCAUCUGAGGAGGCUGGUGGGAGGGGCAGACACGUGUCCUUGGAGAACAGUGUGUGUGAGUAAUCAGCUUCUUGUUUGCUGUAAGGACGGGUCCCUUUGGACCCACCUAGAACUGUUUACUUUCUGUGUGUGUGUGUGUGUGUGUGUGUGUGUGCGAAACCUGGGUUCUGGGGGCUGUGUGGCGACUUCACCACAGCUCUGUGUUAGCUCCUCCAAUCAGUAUGCAUCCUGUUCCUCAGGGCAGGCCCAGUCCUGAGGGAUACCCGGUAUUGGAAGGACACAGGUCAUCUCAAAUGGGGCUCCGUGUCCCUUCCCAGGGUCCACUCAGAGCUCUCCCCUCAGACCCCCAGAAGGCCCUGCUGCCCGACAUCUUGGUCCCUUGCCUUGGAUUGAGACGUUUCUUCUCUUCCCACCGGUUGGGAAGGUCACAGUAUUCCAGGCCAGUGGCAUGUUCUCCAGGAGUCCCAGCCAGGAAAUCCCCCAGGAGUUAAAGUUCUUGAAAACAAUACUUUUAUGUACCUGACUUUGGGGCCCAAAUGCCCAAGAGGAAAAGGAAACAGACUAGAACUCAAACUGAAUGAAUGCAUCGUACCAGGAACCUGG